AUGGCGAAAAAGUGGCAGCACCCGAAACGGAGGCGCCGGGGCCGCUCUAGCGCGCAGGCCGAGAAGGACGAGGAACGGAGCCCCGGCCGCGUCCCCCGGGUCCCAAGCGGUGGCGUCGCUGAGGAGGCCCCGAGCACGUCCCGCGGGCCGGGCGGCUCGCAGGAGGCCCUGGGCUCCGCGUCGCAGGCCGCCCCCUCCGCGGGUCCCAGGACCCAGAAGCAGCUAGAGCUGAAGGCCGCCGAGCUGGUGCAGUUCUUGCUGGUUAAGGACCGGAAGAAGAUCCCGGUCAGGCGGACCGACGUAAUGAAGCACGUCGUCGGAGACUACAAGGACCUCUUCCCGGACCUCCCCAGACUGGCUGCCCAGCGCCUCCAGUACGUCUUCGGGUACCAGCUGGUGGAGCUUGAGCCCGAGAGCAACCCCUACAUCCUGAUGGACGCCCUGGAACCCGUGGAGGAGGAUGCCGAGGUGAGGGGCGAUCAGGGCACACCCACCACCGGCCUCCUGAGGAUGGCUCUAGGGCUUAUCUUUAUGAAGGGCAACACUAUCAAGGAGACCGAAGUCUGGGACUUUCUGCGGCGGUUGGGGGUGUACCCCACCAAGAAGCACUUAAUUUGGGGGGAUCCAAAGAAACUCCUUACUGAAGACUUUGUGCAGCAGCGUUACCUGGAGUCCCGGCGGAUACCCCACACUGAUCCUGUAGACUGUGAAUUCCAGUGGGGCCCGCGAACCAACCUAGAAACCAGCAAAAUGAAAGUUCUCAAGUUUGUGGCCAAAGUGCAUAAUCAAGACCCCGAGGCCUGUGAAGCUUUGUCAGAUGAGGAGAAGAGGGCCCGACCUGCGCCUGGGCCUAGUGGCCGAGCCCCAUCCUCUUGAAAUCUGAAAUGGAUUCAGAGGGACUCCUGGGACAAGGGUCUGGGACCCAAAGACACAGUGCUGAAGGAAUUAGGGAUAGGAGGGACGGAGGGAGCAUAUUUCUGUA